AUGGGGGAUUGGAACUUAUUAGGGAGUAUUUUAGAAGAAGUCCACAUUCAUUCCACCAUCGUGGGGAAGAUCUGGCUCACCAUCCUCUUCAUUUUCCGCAUGCUUGUGCUCGGCGUGGCGGCUGAGGACGUGUGGGACGACGAGCAGAGCGAGUUUGUCUGCAACACGGAGCAACCCGGCUGCAAGAACGUCUGCUACGACCAGGCCUUCCCCAUCUCCCUCAUCCGCUACUGGGUGCUGCAGAUCAUCUUCGUGUCCUCGCCCUCUCUGGUCUACAUGGGGCAUGCUUUGUACCGUCUGAGGACCCUGGAGAAGGAGAGGCACAGGAAGAAAGCCUGUCUGAAGGCUGCGCUGGAGAGCACGGACCCCUUCCAGCAGGAGGACCAUAAGAGGAUCGAGCGAGAGCUCAGGAAGCUGGAUGAACAGAAGAAAGUGAGGAAGGCUCCUCUGAGAGGCUCGUUGCUCCGCACAUAUGUUUUCCAUAUCUUAACCAGAUCUGCGGUGGAGGUGGGUUUCAUUGUCGGUCAGUGUGCUCUGUACGGCAUCGGUCUAUCCCCUUUGUACAAAUGUGAGCGGCUGCCCUGCCCCAACAGUGUGGAUUGUUUUGUGUCCCGGCCAACAGAGAAGAACAUUUUCAUGAUCUUCAUGCUGGUUAUUGCUGGAGUGUCUUUGUUCCUCAACCUCCUGGAGAUUUUCCACCUGGGGGUGAAGGAGAUCAAACAGAGCCUGUAUGGAUACAAAUAUGGAGACGAUGAGAGCGUGUGCCGGUCUAAGAAGAACUCCAUGGUGCAGCAGGUGUGUGUGCUCACUAACUCCUCUCCGCAGAGGCUGAUGCAGCUCACUCAGAUGACCUGCUCGGCUGGCUCUGAUGCCCAAAGGGGGAGUGUGGCCCUUGCGACCCCUCACAAUAAGGAGGGCUCCAACAGCCAGCCUGCACACACAUACCUGCAGCAGCCCAAGGGCCACUCAGCGGACAACAGGAAGCCGUCCUGCAGCAGUGAUGAGUCCAAUGAAGCGCACGGCUCAGGCCGGCCCCAGUACGCCGGCCCCCGACCCACACUGAUGGCCGGACACAUGGAGAUCCCCGCCGCCCUGAGGAAUGCCCAGAGGAAGCAGAGCAGAGUGAGUAAGGAGUACAGUGACAUGAGCGACUCUCCGGAGAGCGACCACUACCCCACAGCCAGGAAGUGCAGCUUCAUGUCCCGGGACCUGUCGGACGGCAUGCUGGCCUCCACGUCGGACAGCACCGGCUCCCAGAGCGGGGCAGACGUGGAGGCCCAGCACCUGAACCAGGGGGAGAGCCCAGCAGUGACCCCCCCACCCCCAGCCAGCGGGAGGAGGAUGUCUAUGAGCAUGAUUCUGGAGCUGUCUUCAAUCAUGAAAAAGUAG